CUUCCUAUCAGUGGAACUCAGUCAUAUCAUCAAUUCACAGCAAACAGGCAAGGUGUAACUGGAGCGGCUGUUGAGUUGAAUGGAGUUCAACCGACCCAAAGCUCCAGGGGGAGGGCCUGGAGAUGGAGAGGGAGGACAAGUUUUCCUGAGCACACUGGAUGAACUCCAGCCUGGGAGGAGUGAACGGAAGCUUGAAGAGCAUUGUGGGCUAGCAGGGCUGUCUUCAACCGACACCACUAACGCAGCCAAGACAGACCCCAAAGCUCCUGCAGGAGGAUCUGGAAAGGUCGACUUGAACUUAAUCCACAGCUCCACAUCUUCAGACAGCGAGGAGGAGGACAAAGGCAAGAAGGAAAAGAAAAAGAAGAAGCUGAAGAAGAGGAAGAAGAAGGAUUCCAGUUCAUCCUCUUCCUCCUCCUCCUCCGACAGCAGCUCUUCAGACAGUGAAGAUGGGAAGAAGAAGAAGAGGAAGAAGAAGGCAAAGAAAGAAGGUGCUGGGGAUAUCAUAGUACAUGAUGCAGCCUUCAUAUCUGAGCCUGGCCUCGAAGGCUUCACUGAUCUAAACAACGAGGAAACAAAGAAGAAAGAGGAUAAUUCAGGCUCAGACAGUGAAGAGGACAAGAAGAAGAAGAAGAAGAAGGAGGAGAAGAAGAAGAAGAAGAAGAAGAAGAAGAAGAAGAAGAAGAAGAAGAAGACGAAGACGAAGGAUUCCAGCUCCUCUUCUUCAUCUUCCAGCUCAUCCUCCUCCUCAGACAGUGAGGAGGAGAAGAAGAAAAAGAAGAAGAAGAAGAAGAAGAAGAAAAAGGAUUCCAGCUCCUCAUCUUCAUCCUCUGAUAGCUCUUCAUCCUCCUCAUCCUCGGACUGCGACGAGAACAAGAAGAAGAAGAAGAAGAAGAAAAAGAAGAAGAAGCAAAAGAAAAAGGAUUCUAGAUGUUCUUCUGACAGCGAGGCAGACAAAAAAAAGGGAGAAGAGGCAGACGGACAGGGCAAGGAUGAGUACAGCUGUGCUGCUGGCGUUUCAGCAGCUGGUGACGAGGGUGCUGGACUGGGACAGAAAUCGGGCAAAGAAAAAAGAAAGAAAGAUGAGAAGAAGAAGAAAGACAAGAAGAAGAAAGACAAGAGAACGGACAAGGGCUCUGCGUCUGAGAGCGAUGACGAUGACAAGUGCAAGAAAGACAAAGCAAAGGAGGGUGGUGCAUCAGCUGAAUGGAUUUGUGGCAGAGAUUUUCCUGAAGGAAUGGAAGCUGGAAAUCUGAGUGAUGACGAGAGAGAAGGAGGCAAGGAGAAAGAGAAGAAGAAGAAGUUGAAGAAAAAAAAGAAGGACUCUGGCUGUUCAUCAUCCUCUUCGUCAUCUUCAUCCUCGGACAGCGAGGAUGAUAAAAAGAAGAAAAAAAAGAAGACGAUGAAGAAGAAGAAGAAGAAGAAAGCUGAGGAUUCCAGUUCUUCAUCUUCCUCCUCCUCGUCUUCGUCCUCCUCUCCCUCCUCAUCCUCUUCUGAUAGCGAGGAGGAAAAUAAAAAGAAGAAGAAAAAGAAGGAUUCUAGUUCUUCAUCCUCUGACAGCUCCUCCUCCUCUGACAGCGAUGAUGACAAAAAGAAAAAGAAGAAGAUGAAGAAGAAGAAAAAGGAUUGCAGCUCUGAUGAUUCAGAUAGCGAGAAAGACAGGAAGAAGAAGAAGAAGAAGAAGAAGAAGAAGAAGAAGAAGAAGAAGACAAAGAAAAAGGGUUCCUGCUCAUCAGACAGCGAAGACGAUAAGAAGAAAAAGAAGAAGACGAAGGAUAAGAAGGACGAUUCUGACAGCGAGGAAGACAAGAAGAAGAAGAAGGACAAGAAGAAAAAGAAGAAGAAGGAUAAGGACUCUGACAGCGAGGAAGACAAGAAAAAGAAGAAGAAGAAGGACAAGAAGAAAAAGAAGGAUACGGAGGACUCAUCUGACAGCGAGGAUGAUAAGAAGAAGAAGAAGAAGAAAAAGAAGAAGGAUUCUGGUUCUGACAGCGAGGAAGAUAAAAAGAAGAAGAGGAAGAAGAAAGACAAGAAGAAGGAUAAGAAGAAGAAAGACAAGAAAAAGGAUAAGAAGAAGAAAGACAAGAAGAAGCAAAAGGAUGACUCCUCAUCUGGAAGUGAUGAUGAUAAGAAAAAGAAGAAGAAAAAGAAGAAGAAGAAGAAGGAGAAGAAGAAAGAAAAGGGUUCCUCUUCUGGAAGUGAUGAUGAUGAGAAGAAAAAGAAGAAAGACAAGAAGGACUCCUGUUCCGAUGUUGAGGGAGAAUCUAAGAAAAAAACAAAGGAAGAUGACAACAAGAAAGAGGAUGGACCUGAGAAUGAAAAGUGUGGAGAGAUGAAAAAGGAGGGGACAUAUGUAGGUGGCUUGGUGAUGGGAGGAGGGUGCAUGGAUAGCAAACCAUCUGACGAGGGAUCAGCUAUUCGCCCGAAACCCACCCUGAAGUUGGAGUUUUGUGGGCCGUCGGCAGACCCCAGACCCAACACUCGCUAUGAGUCCAUUUAUAGCCCCUCGCACUCUCUCAGUCCCAGGGAGAGUAGCCCCUCCCGCCCGCCACGCAGUCCCUUGGAGGCCCUGAUGCGGAACCCAACCUGGACCAGCGACCGUGACCCAAUGACCGGGAGAGGACCGGCCAGCAGCAGAACCACACUGCUCAAAUCCAGUGAUCUGCUCAGGGGUCCUAAGCCUUAUCAGCCGUAAUUAACAUGGAGAUUGGAAAAGAUAGGCCAAGAUGAUUCAUGCUCAUUACAAUCAGGCUGAAACAUGAUCAAAAGGAAUUCUGUCAGAAAUAAAAAAAAUCAUUUCAAUAGGUA